UCUGUCGACUGCACUGAAGCAUCCAUUAACGACUCUCUACUGGCAACGAAGCUUGAUUUAGGUUUGCCACCGAUUGACCUUUACCUUUUCCAAAUGUUGGGUUCUUGCAACGGUAUCACACCAUGUACGGAAUUGGGUACGAUUCAUCUGCAGAUGAUUACAAGGUUGUGGAAAUCGAUAUUAGAGAACCUGAGUAUGAUUAUGAUUCUGAUGAUGAUGAUGAUGAAUCCUUUUGUAAUCGUGCAAGUGUGUAUUCGCUGAAAACUGAUUCUUGGAGGAGGAUUCAAGAUGUCCCCGACUAUCGUUCUAGUUACAGCUAUCGUUCCAGUUACGAGCCGCCUUCUUCACUGGUUCUUGUAAAUGGGUGUUUACAUUGGUUCAGCUACAGGGACUCCAUUUAUGUGAUUGCUGCUUUUGAUUUAGCAGAUGAGAAAUUCCCUGACGUGCAGAUACCUAGCUCACUUGACAACAGUAAGUUCGAUAUGCAGUGCUGCAAAUUGGGAGUUUUGGGAGAGUGUCUCUGUUUACUUGUACCUCAAUAUUCUCAUACCACCGAUAUUUGGGUAAUGAAGGAGUAUGGGGUGAUUGAGUCUUGGACCAAAUUUACCAGUGUCUGUGGACUUGAUAUGUACAUGACGAAAUUCUUAUGUUUUGUGGAUGGGGAGGUUCUUUUUGAAGUUGAUGGAGAUAAUAAAUUUGUCGCAUUCAAUGCUAAGGAAAAAACACGGAGAGAUAUAGUAGUGUGUGGCAUUCCAACCAUGUUUAAAGCAGGGCAGACCUAUGUGGAGAGCCUUGUUUCACCCUAUCACUGUGAAGGGAAGGAAAAAUUGAAGGUCUAUCAACUAGAUAGGAUGGUGAAAGUCAUCUUGGCGUUUCUCUUUUUGAGGCACAGCGUGCUAACUACCAGUCCUGUCCCAGUGGUUCAACAAGUGUCCCAUCUACAUUUUGAAGGGGAAAAUUGUGAGUUAUUGCAUUAUAAUGGGAUGGGAUCAGUUGCCGCUACCAGUGAAGUUGUUUCCUUGGAUCCUAUUACACUUGUAAAUGAUGCUCCUCUCAGUUCUGAUUGUUGGGAAGUGUGGGUCAAUUACGUCUUUGAACCCGAAGUGCCCUUGUACAGGACUCAUCCUAAUAAACUUUUUUCUUCGACAUGCUAAUGGGAAUUCAAUUGCGUGGCCUAGCAAGUAUAUCAAAAUCACUGGACCUUCGGGAUAAGCUCUAUGACGAGAAAAGAUUUUUGCUUCAUGAUGCUUGGGUUAAAGAAGGAUGAGUUUUAAUGCUAAGCCUUGGUGUUAGCCCUUUAUUUAUUGGAAACUCGUUGGUCCUAGCUGUAAACAGUUUGGUGCAUGCUAUGUGUGUGUGUGUGUGUGUGUAUUGUCAACUUUUGAUUUGUUUCCAGAUUUUUUACUUUUUGCUAAUGGAGACACUAAUGCUUGAGCUGAUCUGAAAAUUGUUUCCAGUAAAGCUUUAAAUGUUUCCUCGAGCUGUUUACUUUUUCGUCAAAGUUUUGUUGGGUACAGUCUAUAGACAUCUACCUUGACCUUUUUCACUUUAAUGCUAGCAUUAACCUGCUUAGAUAUUUGCAUCCUGCAACAACGUGUGCCAAGAUUUAUUGUUGCCUUAUUAAAUAUGGUUCAGCUCGUACUCAUUGUAUAAGCGUUUCAUAUUGUGUUGAACAAAUGUCACGAAGUGUCUGAAUGUGCCGGUGCCCAAGCAGCAACUGGUACAGACAUUAAUUGUUUAUUCCAAGUAUAUGUUAUACUUAUUUAUCU